AUGGAAACACGCUCCAACAGAAGAAACCUGAGGGAGAAUUUUUGUGCAGGUCAACAUCUUAAGCUACCAGAUCUAAAGGAGAGAGCUCAAGGCAUCUGGAACAGGUACCUGUACCAAGAGAACAUCCCACAAUACCCCCGACCAGAGCUUCACGUCUCCCACCUGAAACAUGACACAGAUAAAAGAGGGUUACAGGGCAUCUCAGCAGAUGCAGGCCUCCGGCCAGCACCACAGCGAAGCCUGGUGUGGUGGAGUCUGGCCGUGAAACCCGAGGAGAUCUCCUCAGCUGAAGAGCGACUCUUGCAGGAGGCCUUCCCCAAGCGGACAGAGGAGCAGGCCCAGGGGCAGGAGAGCUUCCUGGCCAAGUUCGCCACCUCACCCACCUUCCUGAACACCUCCAGGUUGGGAUCAUACCGCUUCACCCUCCCUGUGCGGGAGCUGCUGACGGCGUACAGCCAGCAGUUCUGUGGCGGCUCAGCUCCGGCGGUGCGGGUGUUUGAGACGAUCCUGUACAAACAGGAAGUGAUGUACUCGGUGCUGGUCCACAGCCUCUCCAACAACCAGCUGUUCCACCACUUUCCUCUGCUGAGGGAUGUCCGUGACGCCAUCUGCGCCUACAGAGAUUCAUCUGGAUGCUUCAUCUGGAGGCCUCAGGCCAUGUCAAACCUUUUGUGA